UGCAAGGAUUCCAACUUUCUCUUCCUUUCCUGGGCCAUGAAGAUGAUUUGGUGGAAGAAGAAACUCUGCAGGCAGCGUUACCUGUGGGCCCUGGGCUGCUAUUUGCUGCUGGCUAUUGUUUCUCUGAGAUUCUAUCUCAGAUUGAAAUGCGACUUUGAUUCCCUGGAUCUGGAGUCCAGGGACUUUCGAAGCAAGCACUGUAGGGACAUCUUGUACAAGUCCCUGCAGUUGACAGCAAGUAGAUCCAUCAACUGUUCCAGAAUCAUCCAAGGGGAUAAGGAAGCAGUGAUUGAGGCUCUCCUGGACAGGCUGGAGGUCAAGAAGAAGCGGAAGCCUUUCACAGACACUGACUACAUCAGCAUGACCAGAGACUGUGAGUACUUUAAGGCCAAAAGGAAGUUCAUACAGUACCCUCUCAGCAAAGAGGAGUUAGACUUCCCUAUUGCAUACUCUAUGGUGGUCCACGAGAAGAUUGAAAACUUUGAAAGGCUGCUGAGAACUGUGUAUGCCCCUCAGAACAUAUAUUGUGUCCACGUGGAUGAGAAGUCCCCAGACACUUUCAAGGAGGCAGUCAGGGCAAUUAUUUCAUGCUUCCCAAAUGUCUUCCUGGCCAGUAAGUUGGUUCGGGUGGUUUAUGCCUCCUGGUCCAGGGUGCAGGCAGAUCUGAACUGUAUGGAAGACUUGCUCCGGAGCUCAGUGCCCUGGAAAUACUUCCUGAACACUUGCGGAACAGACUUUCCUAUAAAGACCAAUGCCGAGAUGGUCCUGGCCCUCAAGAUGUUGAAUGGAAAGAACAGUAUGGAGUCUGAGAUACCUACUGUGUACAAAAGAUCUCGCUGGCAAUAUCACUAUGAGGUAGCAGACACCAUAUACAGAACUAAGAAGAGGAAGAACCCUCCCCCUGAUAAUGUACCUAUGUUCACAGGGAAUGCCUACAUUGUGGCUUCUCGAGGCUUUGUCCAGCAGGUCUUUGAGAACCCCAAAGCCCGGCAACUGAUGGAGUGGGCCAAAGAUACCUACAGCCCCGAUGAACACCUCUGGGCCACGCUUCAGCGUACGCCAUGGAUGCCUGGCUCUGUUCCCUACCACCCCAAGUUUCACAUGUCAGACCUGACUGCCAUCGCCAGGCUGAUAAAAUGGCAGAGCCAUGAAGGAGACAUCAGCAUGGGGGCACUUUAUGGACCUUGCUCUGGAAUCCAUCAGCGGUCCAUCUGUAUUUAUGGCAUUGGGGAUCUUCACUGGAUUCUUCAGAACCAUCACCUGUUGGCCAACAAGUUCGACCCAAAGGUGGAUGAUAAUGUUCUUCAGUGCUUAGAAGAAUACUUACGGUAUAAGGCCAUCUACGGACUGUACGCUGAGGUACACUGAGAGAACUGCUACUUCAGAUUGAAAUGUGGGGCAAGAACAUGGGCAAACAUGCCCAGAUUGUGCUGGGACAGUGUGGGGUGGGAGACCAGGUCUCUGGAAUCCACGGCAUCCCGCAGGAUUAGGGGGCUGCUAUUGGAGUGUGGGUAAGUAGGUCUGUUGCUUUGCAAAUUGCUAUCCUGGAUGAUCACUGACUUAGCUCACCCCACUCCCAGUAGCCCCUACACUGACUUUCUCACAGAGUUAGCAUAAGAACUAGUCAUUUGGGAGAGCCAUGGAGGGAAGUGUAACAGGGGAUCCUGGACUUUAGUUGAAUGCUUGAUGUCCACCUUUUUCAUUCUGUGGAUAUGCCAUUUCUAAUAAUUCUAAGCUUGGUAGGGGGAAGGGGAAAUUUGAUGGAAAUAGGGCCUUCUCUUGUACUAUUAACUUAAAAAUAAAUAGCUCCUAACUCAAAUCUCUACCUCUGCUUUCUGUUUGGGAAGCCAAAAAUUAACAUAAAAGUGUGAUACUUUUUUUCCCAUCACUAUUGGUGGCAUUUAAAAUUUCUCAUGGCUGGCCCGAGUCUCCUCAUUAUUCCAAAAUGAUCAUGGCAGGCUGUAUUAACAGCAAAUUCAAAAAAUAGAGAGAGAGGUACAGAGCUGAUGCUUUCAUUGUUGAAAGCCCUCCUCAUGUUGUUUACAUUGCCAGAUUCGUGACUCUUCUGUAUGGGAAAAGGCAGGGUGAUUUAACUAAUCGGACCACAGUAUCUUUAUGGGAAAAUUACAACCCUAAUUUAGCUGGCUUCAAAGCCAACGUUCCAUAACAAAAGUAAUAGCUAGUUUAGGUAAGGUCACCAUAUAAUUUAUUGUCCAAAUUGGAACACUUUUACAGGAGGGAGAGUGGCUAUACUAUUAAAAUUAUGUAAGAAAACAAGAAUAAACUAGGACUGUUUAGAUAAACCAGGAAAUCGGGUUAUUUCACAUUUAGGCCUUUUGAGUGAAAACUCUUAAGUAUGUGAAUGGAAGAGUCAUUAUUUGGGGUUCUUUGGCUUAUAUAUUUUCUUGUGGGGAGACAAUUUUGUGUGUGUGUAUUUGCCUUGACUCCCCAUAAAUGUUACCAAGUGAAACAAUGAUUUCUGAAGCUCCAGAGAUAAUUGUCAUAGCAUUAUGACAAUUAUAUUGGCUAUUGGUAAUACUCUUCUGUGAUGGACAGGAGAUACCACAGAAAAAGAGGCAUAUCUUGUAUAUAGUACAGUUGAUCUUCUGCAUACAAUAUGCUUUGGAAAAAUGAUUUAAAUACAAAUUAAUUUGUGCAAUUUGAA